UUGGCUGAGGGGUCCGCGGCCGUUGGGGCGGGAAAAGGCUGUGGAGGGCUCGAGGCCGCAGUGGGCAUUGGGUUUUCCUCGCUCUUGAGGUGAAGACAAGCUCGCGGAAGGCGAAAGAUUCUGUCUGGAGUGAAGCUCAGGGGGUGGGUUUAUGGAUCCAGUGAGUCGCCCAGGUGUCCCCCGAGGCUUCUGAAGAUGGACAGACCUGUGAGGUCAAGAUUGGCCUCCCUCAGUGAUUUCCAGUUCGGAGCUGUCGCCACAGAGACAAUCGAAGACGCUCUGCUCCACCUGGCGCAGCAGAAUGAGCAAGCCGUGCAGGAGGCUGCCGGCCGGAUGGGCAGCUUCAGGGAGACCCGGAUCGUGGAGUUUGUUUUUCUCCUGUCUGAACAAUGGUGUCUGGAGAAAUCCGUGAGCUACCAGGCUGUAGAAAUCCUAGAAAGGUUUAUGGUUAAGCAGGCAGAGAAUAUGCACCGGCAAGCCAUGGUCCAGCUGAGUGAGAAGAAGGAGCCUCAGAAUUGGAAAGCUCUGAAAGAGCAGCUUUCCAGCAAGUUUGUCCUGCGUCUUGUGUCGUGUGUUCAACUGGCGAGCAAACUUUCCUUCCACUACAAAAUAAUCAGCAACGUUACAGUCCUGAAUUUCCUCCAGACUCUAGGGUAUGUGCACAGUAAAGAAGAACUGCUGGAGUCAGAGCUUGAUGUUUUGAAGUCCCUGAACUUCCAGAUCAAUCUGCCCACUCCCCUGGCAUAUGUGGAGAUGCUUCUGGAGGUGUUAGGAUACAAUGGCUGCUUGGUCCCAGCCACACAGCUUCAUGCAACCUGCCUGACCCUGCUCGACCUUGUCUAUCUCCUGCAUGAACCCAUAUAUGAGAGCCUGCUGAGGGCUUCCAUUGAAAACUCUGUACCCAGUCAGCUGCAAGGGGAAAAGUUUGUUUCAGUGAAGGAAGACUUCAUGCUGUUGGCAGUAGGAAUCAUUGCGGCAAGUGCUUUCAUCCAAAACCACGAGUGCUGGAGCCAGGUUGUGGGGCAUUUGCACAGCAUUACAGGCAUUGCCUUGGAAAGCAUCGCAGAGCUCUCUUACGCAAUCCUAACUCACAGCGUGGGAGCCAACACGCCUGCACGAAAGCAGCCGGCUCCUCCCCACCUGGAGGCCAGAGCUCUGAGGGCCGCCGCUGCCUCCAACACAUGA